CCUAUCCGAUCGUGGAUGGAUUCCAUCACAGGAUCAUAAAACAAAGCUUAUAUUCUUAAGCCCUCAAUGAAAUCAAAAGUGUUCAUCUAGAUAUCAUUGUAAGCGCUUAAAACUGAAAGUGUUAGUGAAGCGUUUUUUUAACAAAGAAUUCUCUCGUAAAAGUGUACUCUGACCACACAAAGCUUUACUUCGACGACUAGACUCGCACAAAGUUCAGCACGGAUCGCAUUCAUGGACUUCAAAAUACCUUAAAAACCAAAUACAAAAUUUUUUAAACCUUUUUGAAAGGUUUUAUGAAUUCACCAAUUCUUAAUUUACCAUGGGAUUCAGGCCAGCUAUAAUAUUCACUGCAGUAGCAGUUUUUCUACAUAAUUUUGGUUUCUCAUCAAGCCAGAGUUUCAUCGAACAUCCACAAGAUGAUUUCCAAAUCAAAGGUGGCACAGUAACGUUCAGUUGCCAAGCAACAGGUUUAGUUAACCCAACCUAUUAUUGGCUGAAAGAUGGUAGUAAUGUGACUCGGGGUAACUCUUAUGUUAAUAGCAAGGCAUACCUAACUAUAACCAGAGUGACCUUUGAUGAUGCUGGGCUUUAUUCCUGCCGUGCCAGUAGUAAUACAGUUAUUAUCACGAGUAAUCAAGCAAGACUCACUGUGGAAGGAUCUCCAGAAGUAGUUCAACCACCUUCAGCUCAAUCUCCACAUGUUGGCCAAACGGCAUCAUUCACUUGCAAAGUUAUUGGAAAUCCUUUGCCAACUGUAGUAUGGUACUACAAAGGUUCUGUACUAUCAAACGGAGGAAGGAUAAAGAUAUUUGAUAAUGGAACCUUGAUAAUCAGUAGUGUAAUGAAGUCUGAUGCAGGACAAUACAAACUCGAAGCAAAAAAUGACCUAGGUGUUACGUAUGCUUCUGUGGAGUUGACUGUUCUGGAUCCCCCCUCAGUUCCAUACUUCACCACGAUUCCUCAAAACAAGACAGCAAAAGAAAAUGACGAGGUCACAUUUUAUUGCGAAGCAUCUGGAAGUCCCAAACCGACACUAAUAUGGAUUCGGUUAGAUGGUGUUAUACCAAGUGAUAGAAGGGGUCAGCCACGCCCAGGGGCACUAAGAUUGUUUGGACUUGUGCCGUCAGAUGAUGGGGUUUAUGCUUGUGUGGCAAACAAUACUCAGGGAGAGAGAAGGGCAGUUGUAUACCUCAGGAUUGAAGGUUUUCCAAGGUUCACAAUCUCUCCCUUCAACAAAGUAGUCAAAGAAAACCAAUCAGUAACCUUCAACUGCGCAGCCACAAGUGAACCUUCACCGACUAUACAGUGGCUUCUACCCAAUGGAACAACCAUCACAUCGCACUCAAUGCCUUCUGGGAAUGUUCGGGUCCUAUCAAACAAUACUCUAGUUAUUGAUAAAGUCGCUGAAGACCAUGGAGGGAUUUACAAAUGUGUAACAACAAACUCUUUGGGCAGCAAGCAACACAAAGCUGUUUUGUCAGUGUUAUUCCCUCCACGAUUUGCAUCCCACCUUCAAAACAUAACCAAAACACGUGGUCAAGAAUUGACUUUCACGUGUCCAGCACGUGGUAACCCCACGCCAAAAUUCCAGUGGAUUUUUGGCGGGAAUGUCGUUGAGAAUCAACAGACGUUGAUCAUACCAGCACUGAGAGUCAUUAACCAAGGAGAUUAUGUUUGUCGAGUAAAUAACAGCAUGGGCGUGGCCAGUAGCACUUUUUAUUUGCGAGUUUACACUCUACCAAAUAUCACCACCGCACCAGCCAACGUCACUGUCGCUAUCGGCUCUACAGCUAGCUUUCACUGUCAAGCACAGGGAGACCCAACCCCUUCGGUCACGUGGUUAAAAUCCGAUGUUGUGAUUGGCUCAAGUGGUCGCUACUCUGUUCUUUCCAAUGGGACGCUUUCUAUCACCAUGGCAACUGUCAGUGACCAAGGGUUGUUUUCGUGCCGGGCAGAGAAUGCUGCUGGUCGAGAUGAAAGGAAAGCUUAUCUUGUGGUUACUGACCCGCCAAAAUUCACAGAGUCCCCUAGCAACACAACCGUAAGUGUCGGGACAAGCGUUACCCUUCGAUGUAGAGCAGUUGCCCAGGAUACUCCGAGUAUCAUGUGGUACAAGGUAGCCAAUGGUGGCACACUUCAGCAAGUCACGUCUGCUGUCACUCUGCCCAGCGGAGAUCUAAGUUUUAGUUCUGUCCAAAGAGCCGAUAGAUCGAUGUACGCAUGUCGUGCUUGUAAUGCCGCUGGCUGUAAUACUACUCCCAACGUUAUGUUGAAUGUUUUAUAUGGUCCCGCCUUCCCAGUCCCCCCAACAGACGUCGGCGUCCUACAAGGCCAGGACGCUGUGCUCAAAUGCGAACCCGACUCCAGUCCCAAAGCACAAAUCACGUGGCGACGGCCAAACAGAGAUAUAAUGGAAGGGACUGGAUAUGAGCAGACCAUACGUAAUGUGCAGCCCGGUGAUACGGGUGAAUAUACUUGUAAAGCAUCUAAUCCGUAUGGCUAUACUCUUGAAGUCAAGAUCAUACUGGAGAUACAGACAAAACCUGUGAUCGUAAAUCUGUUAAAACAAGAACAAAACUCCGAGACAACAGUGACUUGCAAAGUGGAAGGAACGCCGACCCCCACCGUCAAGUGGUACUUGGAGAAAAAGCGCCUACCUCUAAAUAACUAUGCCGUGACGCGUGACAACAAGCUGGUUGUUCCUAUUGGCUCUUUGGAGAAUAAGACAUUUUUGUGUAACGCAAGUAAUCCACAAGGUUCUGUUGUCUACUUUGCUAAAGUUCCAGAACCUCUAUCUUCUUUAUCAAUAACUGAAGUGACGUCACAUUCGCUUCGUGCCACGUGGGUCCGCCCCAAUCCUCCUGAAAUUCUCAUCAAACACUACCUCCUUGAAGUGUGGUCAACAAUAUCUUCUACAUGGCAGUCAUUCAACAGUAGUAUAGAGGAAUCAUUUUAUGACGUUACUCAGCUGCUUCCUUUUACGAUGUACAAGUUUCGUGUGAAAGCUGCGAAUGGCCUGGGGACGAGUAAAAUAUGGCGGACGUCGGAGAACGUCACGACUUUGUCGUACAAACCUUCGGCUCCACGUGAUCUCGGCCUCAUAGUUCAAAGCGCUUAUGCCAUCAACGUCACGUGGUCUGUCCCUCGAGUCCUGAAUGGACCUUUAGAUGACUUACAGUAUCACGUGAUUUAUGAACCAAAGUCACCUAACUCUACUAACAAGUAUGACGUCACACAUGAUCCAAAUGUCGGGACACAGCAUUAUAUUCUGGUGGACCUAGAACCGGACCUGAGGUACACCGUACAAGUCGUUGCUUGGAGACGAAGGAGUGAUGGAACCAAACUUCAAAGUAACGGAGCUAGCGCGUCAGCCAGGACAUUGCAAUUAGUACCUACAUCACCCCCCAUAGGACUCAUUGUGGAGGCAAGCGGCCCGAAUCGAAUACUGGUAAAAUGGAAGAAACCUCCUUAUUCGGUCAGUGGGUACAAUAUUUGGUACAGACAAAAUAGGCCAGGGAUGACUCAUAUGAAGGUCAAUAUUCCUGAUGGUUCUGCGACCACCUAUCUAAUUAUGAACCUAGAAGAGAAUACGGAGUACCAAGUGAAGGUCCAGAUGUACAGUAAUGUUGGGGAAGGCCCUUUUUCGAAAUAUUAUGAUGUGCGCACUUCAAUAGAUGCGUUUAUGGCUGGGCAAAAUCAAGAAGACAAAGGAACAAAUUGGGAGGUAGCCGUCGGUGGUUUGGUCAGCGGUCUUCUGCUCCUGCUCAUUGUAAUUGGUAUUAUCUGGUGUUUGAGGAGUCGGUCUCAACAAUCAAAUCAAACAUUUCGUGUGUCGACGAGACGUGGGGGUACGCAUUCUGAUUUUGCUCCAAGCUCCGUUGAAAGCGACGGGACAGUGGAGGGAAACUAUAACGUGGCAUACAACUAUGAGCUGGACCAUAAUCUAGACAUAGACAUGUUCUCCGAUGAUGGGAACGUUAUUCCUAUCUCUACCUCGUACAGUAACGAGAGGGCCAUACAGUAUUUGGCCUCUUCGCAGCCCGAUGUUAAUAUGGGCCAUCGAGAAGACUCGUCUGAGGCUGUCUAUACUAACCUACCAAGAAAUGGCCCUUCGGAUACAGAAGGGAACAAUAAUGACACUAGGGGUCCAGAUCUGGCAGUAAAUAAUGAAAAGACCAAUGAAAGAGUGGAUGCGAGCGGAAGGGACACUAUCGAUGUUCAUGAGAGAGCCCCUGUCAAUAAUAACCUAGAUAAGCCUGAAGUUGGAAUCCCUGUGUAUGCGCAGGUCGAUUUGUCGAUGAAAAAGAAGAACAGGAAAACGAGUGUUGAUGGCUCGCUUGAGCACUAUCCCACUAUUGAAUUUGACCAUGGCGAUAAUAUAGAUGAAGAAGACAUAUCUGAGGUCCCAUAUCCAGAGGAGGACCUUCCACCUUUGGAGCGAACGUGGACCAAUGUGUCUGAAUUCAAUUUUCCACCUCCCCCUAGUGAUCCACCUCCCAAUGACCCUGAGGUCCCAAAUGCUGAUGGUGAUGGCAUGCAGCCUACAAAUAAUGGUACAAUUUCUUAUGAGGACCCAUAUGUGAAUGUCACAACAGAGAAUCCUAUUGAUAAAGAGUCCGAUAAGGCACCGAGUGAAAAAGGGCCAAAAAAGCGGCGCAUGGUGGCUGCUUGGGCUGAGGACGAGGAUCAACCAAUAGGAAACCUAUGGGAAGCUGUGGAUAAAGAACUCGAUAGGAGACUGGGCUACUCUUAAUUGUCACGUGACAUGGAGAACCAUUGAUAAGAUUGAACAGUGCGUGCCAGCAGUCACGUGACAUGCUAUGAAAAAACAUUUUGAAAAAAUGAAGAUGAUGGGAGACUAGUACUAGUAUGGAUACAAGUCACGUGACAUCAAUGAGAACCUUUCGAAGUAGCUAAGAAUGUCACGAAAGAAUGGAAGCUUUUCAUUAAUCACGUGAUAUGUAACGUUGGUUGAAUUAAAAAAAAGGUUGGUACAUGAUAAUCACGUGACGUCCACGUGACGUAUUUACGAUAGGACACCUCAAGAAGUGCAAGAUAUUUAAAGAAACCUUGACUCCAUUUUAUAUUCACACUUUUUACAAAUAUAUUUUCAAAACAAAAAAAGUUUUAUCUUGUUGAGAGAGAUCGCAUGUUUUAAUAGCAGCUUUGCAUUGUAAUAUAUUGUAAUUAAGAAAUACAUUAUAUAUACGGGUUAUAAGUCGCCAUUUUCCAGGCAUUGGUUCACUGGCUAAACACAAAUCAUUUAACCAAGGCUGCAAGGUUAAGAUUUGAAUAACCCUUUGAAACUACCUCCUAGCUUCGAUUGAAUGCUUUGUAUUUCAGUAUUGAAACGAUGUAUGGAAAUUGGUGAAUAGGACGUUUGCACGAUGUCGUCAUUGACCUCAACUACCAGACUCCUUUGUACACUUUCUUUUGUUCAGUUAAUUAGCACCAAUUGUCUUGCUAUUUUCAUGAGGGAAUACAAUUUUAAAUAAGAAAGAAAUUUUGCGAAGCAUCUUGGUAGUGGUAGUCAAAUGAUGCCAUCAUGCAAACGUCGUAUUACUGCAGUUUCUAAUAGUCCCCUUCACAGUUCCAGGCGCCAUCUCGAAAGAUAGCCGUGCCUUUGCAUUGAAGCGAGACGAACGAUGAGCUUUCGAUCAUAGAGACGUGUGAAUAAUCGUUCAAGGUGUUAAAAAAGGUCUCUAUCAUUGCAAGCUCACCGUUCGUCUCGCUUCGAUGCAAAGGCACGGCUACCUUUCAAGAUGGCGCAGGGAACUGUGAAAGGGACUACUCUCUGUUGCUC